CUUUGUUUAUGAGUGCAGUAGGCUAGUCGUCAGUCAUGCUUGAAUUGUGGUUUUUAUCAAGGGUAGUCUAAGCAAACGGAUUCAACUGUUUCACCUUGUCAGAGGAGUGGAUGGGAAGGGAGGACUCACCAGCCAAUAACUACGGGAAUCUUCCCGUAAAAGGUCACGCACUGAUUAUUUAUUGGCAAUCUGCCAAAGCGCGCGCAUGUGUGUGUGUGUUUACUGGAAGAACCUCAGAGCUGAGGAGGUGGAGCCUUCGCUCUACUCGUUGACCGCGGUAACACAGCUACCUCCGUUUGCAAGAGAGCGAGAGAGAGAGAGAGAGAGAGAGAGAGAGAGAGAGAGAGAGAGAGAGAGAGAGAGAGAGAGAGAAAGAGAGAGAGAGAGAGGACACCGACGUCUUUACCGAUACAUUCAUCCGUCGGUUAGAAGAGGCCGUCUAUUCAGAGUUAAUGACAAAGUUAAUAAAUGAUUUAACACAUAGACAUUCGGGGACUUUGGAUAUUUUCUCCCUGGAGAGGAACGCUGGAGCCCGGGACAGGAACAAUCUCCAAGGUUGUUCCAUGAACCCCUCAACAAACCGAAGGUGCAAAUAUGAACCCAUUGACUGCAAUGGCUCCUUGAGGAACUCCAGGUUUCCUCGAGUCAGCCUACACUCUUAGAAUUAGGGGCUGUCUGCAGUGGGUGGUCUCUCUGAGGUCCUCUUUGGACUGCUCCUCAGUGUCAUCGCUCUGGGAAACGUGUGUGCACCCCCCCCCUUCCUCACGCCCUCACCCUUUUCCCACAUCGCAAACCCUCUUCAUCCCUUCUUCUCUCUCUCCCUCCUGCCCCCUACUCUCCCUCCUGCCCCCUACUCUCCCUCGCCCCUCCCUGCUCUGGACCCCCCACCCCUCGGUCAACGAGCCGAGCGUGGGGGUCAGGGCGCCAUGGUAACCCACAGCAGGCGCGACCCCCCCCACCAUGAGCAGCAUGACCCCCCCAGAGCCCAGAGGUCAGGGGUCUCAUGUGCACCACCUGCGCUAUAAACCCUUCAGCUCACAUGCACACUACCAACAGGUGCUGUGUGCGGUGCGUAAGCUACAAGAGAGUGGGUUCUACUGGGGUGCGGUGGGGGGUCGUGAGGCUAGCUCUCUGCUCCGCUCCCAGCCCCCCGGGACUUUCCUGGUUCGAGACUCAUCCGACCACCACUACUUCUUCACACUGUCGGUCCAGACGGCCCGUGGGACCAAGAACCUCCGUAUCCACAGCCAGGGGGGAAGCUUUUACCUGCAACCUGACUCGUGCUGCACACACAUGCCCCCUCGCUUCGACUGUGUGCUCAAACUGAUUGGACACUACAUGGGGAAGGAGGGGCGAGGUGGAGAAGCAGCAGGAGGAGAGGAGGCUGGGGUAAGGGCGGGGGGAGGCACGGCUGCGGCGGCAGGGGAGACUGUGGGGUCGGGGACUGGGAGUGUGUAUCUGAUACACUCAGGGGGAGAGAAGGUUCCGUUGGAGCUGCGUCGACCCCUCCCCUCAUCCCUGUCCUCCCUCCAACACCUGUGUAGGAGGACCCUGAACGGACACCUCGGGGGCUCGGCCAGCCCCGACACACACCAGCUCCCUCACACACUCAGGAACUUCUUGGAGGAGUACGAUGCCCCUAUCUAACACACACAUACACACAAAAACACACACUCACACAGUUCAGGUUUGGGGUUUUCCCCUCUAACGGUUGAGGAUAGGAUUUGGAAAGGGUAAGCUGUUCCAAAUCGAUGCCACUGCUUUCUUACCAAGGGGAGCCUAAUAUAGGUAACCAUUGAUACUCCUCCACUCCUGGACAGACCGUUAAUGGGAGUUAAGACGAGACUGGGGGGGUUAAAAGUCGUUGCCCUCUCAGCCAGUGACCCACUCUCCCAGCGGGUGCUGUGAUUGGGUAGUCAAAAAGAUUGAUAGGUCGAUAAUGCAGACCGUGGACAUGCCACACAUACAUGCAAACACACAUACAGUGACGUGUGUGGCUUUAGGAGUAUAGCCAGAAGGUUGUUUGGGGUUUGUUGUGCUGCUGUGGCUGAGGUAUUGCUCCUUCUAUUGAUCAAUAGAGGCUUUCAUCUCCUCCCUUUUUUUCUCCUGUUUGACAUGUAGAAUGGGCUCAAUGGACUGUGAGAGGGAGGGAAAGGAAGCGAGAGACAAGGAGAGAGGCGUAAUGAGAGUGUCUGGAGAACAGCAGUGUGUCAAACGAAGGGGCCAAAAGCAGAGUGAAAGUGUUUGUGGUGUCGUACACAUUUCCACUGCUGUAUGCCAACUAGCAUAGCCUCAUAGGAGGGUGUGGGGGAUCAUGGCUGAAGACAGCCACGAGCCUCACAAACAUACACAAGACACCACGUACAUACAGCUUACAGUGCUGUGAAAAAGUAUUUCAAAUUUUCUCUACUUUUGCAUUUUUUUUUCUCUCCCCAAUUUCAUGGUAUCCAAUUGUUUUUUAGUAGCUACUAUCUUGUCUCAUCGCUACCCCUCCCGUACGGGCUUGGGAGAGACGAAGGUUGAAAGUCAUGCAUCCUCCGAUACACAACCCAACCAAGCCGCACUGCUUCUUAAUACAGCACAUCCAUUCUGGAAGCCAUCCGUACCAAUGAGUCAGAGGAAAACACCGCGCACCUGGCAACCUUGGUUAGCGCGCACUGUGCCCGGCCCGCCACAGGAGUCGCUGGUGCGCGAUGAGGCAAGGAUAUCCCUACCGGCCAAGCCCUCCCUAACCCGGACGAUGCUAGACCAAUUGUGCGUCGCCCCACGGACCUCCUGGUCGCGGUCGGUGACGACAGAGCCUGGGCGCGAACCCAGAGUCUCUGGUGGCACAGCUGGCCCUUAACCACUGCGCCACCCGGGAGGCCUACUUUUGCAUAUUUUUGAUACUGAAUUAUUAGAUCUUCAACCCAAACCUAAUAUUAAAUACGGGGAACCUGAGUGAACAAAUAACAGUUAUAUACUUAUUUCAUAAACACAGUUAGGCAACACCCAAUGCCCCUGUGUGUGAAAGUAAUUGCCCCCUUACACUCAAUAACUGGUUGUGCCAUCUUUAGCUGCAAUGACUGCAACCAAAUACUUCCUGUAGUUGUUGAUCCGUCUCUCACGUCGCUGUGGAGGAAUUGUGGCCCACUCAUGCAUGCAGAACUGCUUUAAGUCAGCGACAUUUGUGGGUUUCCAAGCAUGAACUGUUCGUUUCAAGUCCUGUCACAACAUCUCAAUUGGGAUUAGGUCUGGACUUUGACAAGGCUUCAAAUUAGUUUAUUUUUAGACAUUUUCAUUUCAUUUUCAGACUUGAUUUGUUUUGCAUCAUUGUCUAGCUGCGUGACCCAGCUGUGCUUCAGCUCACAGACGGAUGGCCUGACAUUCUCCUGUAGAUUUCCUGAUACAGAGUAGAAUUCAUGGUUCUGUCUAUUAAGGCAAGUGGUAAAGGUCCUGUGGCAGCUGAGUCAUGCAGCAAGACAAUGAUCCAAAACACACAAUCAUGUCUACAUGAAAAUUGUUAAAAAGCAACACAUUUUAAGUUUUGGAAUGGCCUCAAAGUCCAGACCUAAUCCAAAUUGAGAUGUUGUUGGAGGACUUGAAACAAGCGGUUUAUGCAUGAAAACCCACAAAUGUGGCUGAGUUAAAUCAGUUCUCCAUGCAAGAGUGGGCCUAAAUUCCUCCACAGCGAUGUUGGAAAAAAUAUGCAAAAAUAGAGAAUCCAAAAUGGGGCAAAUUAUUUUUCACAGCACUGUAACUGCAGCUUUGGUAGCUCUUCUGUUAGAAUGUGAUGGAGAUGCCUCUGUGUCUUUGUCUUUCUUCCCAUCUCUCCAUCCAUCUACUCGGAUGUAUGAUAACACUAACACCGCUCGCUCACUUAUUUAUAUAAAUAGAUAGAUCUCUCUCUCACUCAGCCCCAAAGCUAACAGUGGAUAUUAUUUUAGUCCCUGGCAGGCAGGAACAAUAUGUGUCCCAAAUGCCACCUUAUUCCCUUUAAAGUGCACUAACCCUGGUCAAAAGUUGUGCACUGUAUAUAAAAUUGGGUUCCAUUUGGGACACAUUCGGGAACAAAAACUGAAGCCGAACAUAGUCAGUAGUUUGGGGGGUUGA